GCAAUUUUCUUCUUUUUUUUCUUUUUUUUCUUUUUUUUGAUCAACUGACUUUUCUUCUUCUCCACUCCAAAAAACUCCACAGAUCUCUCCGACGAGACGACAAUGGCCGCAGCGAUGGUUCUCGACCCUAAAGCAUCUCCGCCACUGAUGGAUCAAUCCACAACCGACGAAGAAGAUCCCUACUCCCGUCUCAAAUCCCUCGAACGGCAGCUAGAGUUCACGGACAUCCAAGAGGAAUACGUUAAAGACGAGCAAAAGAAUCUCAAACGAGAGCUCUUGCGCGCUCAAGAGGAGGUCAAGAGAAUCCAAUCCGUGCCCCUAGUGAUUGGCCAGUUCAUGGAGAUGGUGGAUCAGAACAACGGCAUCGUCGGAUCCACCACAGGCUCCAAUUACUACGUUCGGAUUCUCAGCACCAUCAACAGAGAAGACCUGAAGCCUUCUGCUUCCGUCGCCCUUCACCGUCACUCGAACGCCCUCGUCGAUGUUUUGCCGCCUGAGGCGGAUUCUAGCAUCUCUCUUCUUAGUCAAUCCGAGAAGCCUGACGUCUCCUACAAUGAUAUUGGAGGAUGUGAUAUUCAGAAGCAGGAGAUUCGCGAGGCUGUUGAGUUACCACUUACCCACCACGAGCUUUACAAACAGAUUGGUAUUGACCCACCACGAGGUGUCUUGCUCUAUGGACCUCCUGGGACUGGGAAGACUAUGUUGGCUAAGGCUGUUGCUAAUCACACAACAGCUGCUUUCAUUAGGGUUGUUGGCUCCGAGUUUGUGCAGAAGUACCUCGGCGAGGGACCUCGUAUGGUUCGUGAUGUCUUCCGUCUUGCCAAGGAGAAUGCUCCAGCUAUCAUCUUUAUUGAUGAGGUUGAUGCCAUCGCUACUGCUAGGUUCGAUGCUCAGACUGGAGCUGAUAGGGAAGUUCAGCGUAUUCUCAUGGAACUACUUAAUCAGAUGGAUGGAUUUGACCAGACCGUAAAUGUCAAAGUCAUAAUGGCCACCAACAGAGCAGACACUCUUGAUCCUGCUCUCUUACGUCCUGGGAGACUUGAUCGUAAGAUUGAGUUCCCCCUUCCCGAUAGACGUCAAAAGAGGCUUGUUUUCCAGGUAUGCACCGCCAAGCUGAACCUAAGUGAUGAGGUUGACUUGGAAGACUAUGUUUCACGGCCUGAUAAAAUUAGCGCUGCUGAGAUAGCAGCAAUCUGCCAGGAAGCUGGAAUGCAUGCGGUGCGUAAGAACAGAUAUGUGAUACUGCCCAAGGAUUUCGAGAAGGGUUACCGCUCGAAUGUGAAGAAGCCAGACACGGACUUUGAGUUCUACAAGUGAGUAGAAAGCGAAGAUGGGAAUCAGAUUAUGCGUUUUGUUGAAAUUCAAGUGUUUUUUUAGUGGACAUGAAUUUGCCUGUUUAAUGUAUGACCUAAGUUGCAUCUCUAAUUCAUGAAGCUCAAGUUCACACAUGUUUGUGUUUCUUUAGUCUCCCUGCCUUUACAGUUCAAUCUAUAAAAAAACAGUGGAGUUACAUC